AGCUCGGGAGCUGCGGAGCCGGGACCUGGGCCGCGGCGGCGGGGAGCUUGCCCAGCGAGGGCCCGGCGAGGCUGGCAGCGGGCGGCCUCCGGCCUCCCGGCAACUUCUGGCCGGAGCCCCGCGCGCCCCCGCAGCCGCGCGCGCUCGCGCCCUCCGUCUGUUUUUCUUUUCUUUUUUUUCCCUCCCCCCCUUCCUUUCGUUCUCACGCUCCAAAUCAGGUCAAGGGGUGGAAGUUACACCUGGUACAGCCCGCGGCUCCGUUGCAUCGGAGGCAAGAGCGCUUUCUCGCCCAGCUCCCGGAAGGCAUUUUAACUCUUCGGUCCCCGCUACCGCGCAGGAAGCGCCGGCGACCCGGAGAGAAGAGAGAAACUUCAGCCACUCCAGGAAGGCAUGUUGAGCAAGAUCAAUUGGAGUGAAGCCCAGCUCAGAGCCGUGUCCCCAGAUGGGAUGUAGAGCUAAUGGCACUUCCUCAGGAUCUGUAUUCUCUUCAAAACCUCAUUAAAAAAAAAAGUGGUUCAUCAUGGGAAGGACAGUGCUGUUUGAUUUCACUCCUACCGAUCUGCAUUUCUGUCUCACACUGAGAGAGUCCUGAGAAGCUACUGUCACUGUCCCCAGGCAGAAACCGCCAUGAUUCACAAAAGCAAGGAGUGAUUUUCCUGAAUCGCAGGAUGACUCAGAAUGGAUCCUGAAGCUGCCCAGCUGGAGAAGCAGCACGUGCACGAUGUGUACAGGAGCACGGCCCCGUACUUCAGUGACCUGCAGAGCAAAGCCUGGCCUCGAGUCCGCCAGUUCCUCCAGGACCAGAAGCCCGGCAGCCUCAUUGCUGACAUCGGUUGUGGAACUGGAAAAUAUCUUAAAGUGAACAGCCAGGUCCAUAUCCUGGGCUGUGACUACUGUGAGCCCUUGGUAGAGAUUGCCCGGAGUAGAGGAUGUGAAGUCAUGGUAUGUGACAACCUUAAUCUCCCCUUUAGGGAUCAGGGCUUCGAUGCCAUCAUCUCCAUAGGAGUCAUACAUCAUUUUUCUACAAAACAAAGAAGAAUCAGAGCGAUAAAAGAAAUGGCCAGGAUCUUAGUUCCUGGAGGCCAACUGAUGAUUUAUGUUUGGGCAAUGGAACAAAAGAACCGCCACUUUGAGAAGCAAGAUGUCCUUGUUCCGUGGAACAGAGCCUUAUGUUCCCAGCUGUACUCAGAAUCCAGCCAGUCCGGGAGGCAGAGGCAGGGUGGACAUGCAGAAACGAGCCGUGCCUGCCAUCCUCCCUGCUCCCGGUGGAGCUGCUCUGUUUGUUUUAAAGAGCAGUAUAAUUCAAAACGGUCCCACAGCUUAGACUAUGGACCUGUCAUGACCCGAACCUGCUGUGGAAGUGUUUGGAAGGAAGGCGAGGAAGAAAACGGGUUUUAUAACACGUUAGGGAAAUCUUUACGCUCCUGGUUUUUCUCCAGAUCUUUGGAUGAAUCCGCUCUGCAGAAGCAAACUGAGAGUGUGAGGCCCUUGAGAACCACAGAAGGCUGGGCCAGUAACACGGUGUCGGUCCAACCCUCCAGACUGCGGAGUUUAGACUUUGAGCACCCAGAGCCAUUUGCAACAAAAGAGCCAAACUUAGAUGAGGAAGUGUUUCUGGAAACUUCUCAGAAACACCUCCAGUGGUUGAAAGCACCAGGUACUUCGAAGCAUUUAAAUGGAGACCAAGGAGAAAACAGAAGAAAUGGAGGGGAGACCUGUCUGCCCAGCGCUAACGCUGGGGAGAGCUGUGUAGGAUCCGGGGCCCGAGAGAAAGGCUACACUGCUGGUGAUAAAGUACUGAGGAGAAGUUCUGCAGUCAGUUCCCCAGAUUCCACCCCAGAUGACACCAUUUCUGCUGACACACAGCAGCCCAGCCUUUGGGAUUCGAGAGCCUUUAUGCGUUAUUACCAUGUGUUUCGGGAAGGCGAGCUCCAGGCCCUCCUGCGGGAGAGUGUGCCUGAGCUCCACAUUCUGAGCUCUGGGAAUGAUCAUGGCAACUGGUGCAUCGUGGCAGAGAAAAAAGGGACGUUGUGAUUAACUGGGUUAUUUGAGCCAACGUCUCCCAAAGAUGAACCCUGAUCUUUUCACGAGCAUUGAAAGCAAAAUGCUAAAUGAGUUAUCUAAAUUAGCACUCAGUUCUGUUAUAUUUUCAAAUCUGUGUAUGCUUUGAUUUAGCGAUUAAGAAUUGACCAUCUUUUUAAUCUUUGAGCACAUAGUUUAGCAUUUGGCAUAGAAUAUUUGUGCUUAAGUGUUAAUAAGAAUGGUCUGAUAAAAGCAAUAGAAAUAGAAGUACUUCAGUACAGUUUAGAUUUUGUUCCCAAUAGAAAAAACAUUCUUAUAAGAAUGCAGGUAUAUUUUGUUUUCAGUAUUACACAUUGAUUUUAAAAGAGUCUACUCUUAAAUAUACCUUUAAAAACAGUAUUUUUAUAAGGGGAUAAUUUAUAACAAGAAGGGGAUAAUUUAUAACAAGAAACCUACUCCAUUGCUCAGGUAUUAUAGUUUAUUGAACCGUGGGAUGGGAUAUUUUGUUGCCAAAAAUACCUUGUUUUUACUUAAAAUCUUCAAGAAAAUGGGAGACAAUGGAUAGAAACAUAAAAGCCAUGGAGAAUUUUCUCAGUUAUAGGCAAACUUCCUCCAGGAUAAGUACUGUAAAUAACAAGCUUUUCAGUAUUGCUUGGGAUUGUAACUGUUAGCAGGGACUGCGUGUAGCUGCUCUGUGAUAGACAGAGCGGGUCCCCGGCAAGCGUGAGGCCCUGAGUUUGAAUCCUAGCACUGUGUGGAAAGUGAAGCAAUGAAACAAAUAGAAUGAAAGCCCUGUUAGCGUGAGGGAGUGCAGGGCGUGCAUGUGACGAACUGUCCUGAGUACUGUGGUGACCUUCUUCCCAGAAGUAUUAGAAGCAUGAAUCCCCACAUACGCCAACACCAGCUUUCACUGAUCAUUUUUAAAUCUGUAAUCGUGCUUUUCUUCUGAAUUGAAAAGAUACUGAAGAGAAUCUAGUGGAAGCACUGUUUUAUUUUGGCUCCAAGGACAAAUAGAUUAGUAAUGUUCUGGAUUUUGAAACUUGGGCUUUAUAGCAAAUGUGCAUUGUGAUUCUCUAUAUUGUUUUUCUCAAACUAAGCAAUAUAACACAGAUAUAUAUAACACUAUAUAACAAGAGGUUUCGAUCACAAAGUACAAAAAAAAAAUUCCGCUUGACUCACUUAGAAUGCACUUGGCAGAAGCCUCAAAGCAGUCAGCAAGAAAAUACUAACUGUGAAUUACAGAGCUUUUUGAUUUAGUUACCAUUUGUAACACACUAAUGAGAAUGCGAAUCAUGCGGUUAUAUUCUAUGUUCUAUACCCUUUGCUGCAGGUCUCCCCCAGUUGAUUACCCAUUAAUGAUUAACCACUUUAUCUGGGAGGGAUUCAAGCUGUCAUUUAAUCUGUCUGACUAAUCUGACGGACCACUUGUGAAAGCCAAGUGUCCACUGGAUCCCCACAUGGCAAAAAAUAACUAAUUCACGUGUCAGCAUAUUUUCUCCACGGGGAAAUUUGUUUCUCUAUAGAUGCUACUUCUGCAUAGAAAAAACAGUGAGUCAUAGUUCAUCUGUAGCCAGUAUAGCUGAAUAUUGAAUUCCCUGAGCAAAUUAUGGUUAUGCCUGUGUUCACUGAGGAGGCAAUUUUGUUGAAGGACAGGCAAUUUUCUUAUGAACUAAUCAUAUUACACCCACUUAAAUGUUCUAGGAAAUGUAUAGAGGGGAUCUACUAGGAAAAGUUUGCUUUUCUCCUCUAUUUAUGCAGAAUAUUGGCAGUACUUAAGGCUCCCUAAGGGAGACUGAGUGGAAUUUCUGAGACACCGAGUCAGUGUGUGGGACUGUGCUGGUUUCUGCAGAUGCUCUUAAUUACGUAUAUGUAAAUAUGUACGCAUACAUCUGUUCCUAGACAUUGAGUAUUUGUUGUGAUUACAGGCCAAGAAAAAAAUAGCGCUCAUACACUUACAAAACAUAAAAUCAGCAAUUGCUCUUUAUCUCCUUGAAUAGACUUUUCUUGUUCCAGGGUAAUUUAAAGAUGAUUUAAAGAUAGUUGUUAAAUGUCCACUUGCCUCUUCUAGUGUUGACGUAUAGUUUUGUGUCAAAAAAGCAAAAUCUCUUCUUUUCCUGUAGUUCUAGUUAUUUUGGUGUUCCCCAGGGGGGAAAAACUAGUAGUAGUUUUAAAAGCACAAACUGAUGUAAAAGUAUCGUUAGUGGUAAUAACUUGAAUAUAUAUUUUAUUUGUAUUAACAAUGGUCAGGAUCUUUUUGUAGUACUGUUUAAAAUGAUGUCAUUUGUGUGCUUAGGGAAUAGUUUUUUAAAAUUAUACAUCAUGCACUUUCUAAAAAUGUUCUUAGAAUUUUGCUUUUCUUCACUCAAUGUGACAGAAUUGGAAUUGCUCGUUUUACUGGACAGGUUCACAUUUGAAUUGUUAUCUUUGUCUAAAGGAAACCAGAUUAAUCAUUUAAUAGGAGAUUUCUUUAGUGGGUUAAUAAAAGAAUACUAUUGAGCAAAAAAAGACAUAUUUUAAGACUAAUAAAGUUGCUUUACAUGAUCUCAAAA